CCAUGGAGAUUGAGCCUGUUUUGCCUGGAAAGGAAACACCAGCUGCCUCUGAAAGUGCUGAAGAUUUCUGUUACAGGAGAUAUGGCAUGGAAAUAGAAGUUUUAGACUAUAUGUAUGUUAAAUAUGCCAGGGUUUGGAUCCCUGAUCCAGAGGAGGUAUGGAAGUCAGCAGAACUCCUCAAAGAUUAUAAACCUGGAGAUAAAGUCCUUCAGCUUCGACUAGAAGAGGGCAAGGACCUAGAGUACAGCCUCGACCCAAAGACGAAGGAGCUGCCGCCCCUGCGGAACCCCGACAUCCUGGUGGGUGAGAACGACCUGACUGCACUCAGCUACCUGCACGAGCCUGCCGUGCUGCACAACCUCAAAGUUCGCUUCAUAGACUCCAAACUCAUCUACACCUAUUGUGGUAUUGUUUUAGUGGCCAUAAAUCCUUAUGAACAGCUGCCUAUCUAUGGGGAAGACAUCAUCAAUGCCUACAGUGGCCAGAACAUGGGGGACAUGGAUCCACACAUCUUUGCAGUGGCUGAGGAAGCAUACAAGCAGAUGGCCAGAGAUGAGAGGAACCAGUCCAUCAUUGUCAGUGGGGAGUCUGGAGCUGGGAAGACUGUCUCUGCUAAGUAUGCCAUGAGGUACUUUGCCACGGUCAGUGGGUCUGCCAGUGAAGCCAACGUGGAGGAGAAGGUCUUGGCCUCCAACCCCAUCAUGGAGUCUAUUGGAAAUGCCAAAACCACCAGGAAUGACAACAGCAGUCGCUUUGGCAAAUACAUUGAAAUUGGUUUUGAUAAGAGGUAUCGAAUCAUUGGUGCUAACAUGAGAACUUACCUCUUGGAAAAGUCAAGAGUGGUGUUUCAGGCAGAAGAGGAGAGAAAUUACCACAUCUUUUACCAGCUUUGUGCCUCUGCAGCAUUGCCCGAGUUUAAAACUCUACGAUUAGGGAAUGCAAAUUACUUUCACUAUACAAAGCAAGGUGGAAGUCCUGUGAUUGAUGGUGUUGAUGAUGCUAAGGAAAUGGUGAACACCAGGCAGGCCUGCACUUUGCUAGGGAUUAGUGAUUCCUACCAGAUGGGAAUUUUUCGGAUCCUUGCUGGCAUCCUUCACUUGGGUAACGUGGAGUUUGCAUCUCGGGAUUCUGACAGCUGCACUGUUCCUCCCAAGCAUGAGCCCCUCACCAUCUUCUGUGACCUCAUGGGUGUGGAGUAUGAGGAGAUGGCCCACUGGCUUUGCCAUAGGAAGCUCGCCACUGCCACUGAAACGUACAUCAAGCCAAUUUCCAAACUUCACGCCAUCAACGCCAGAGAUGCACUUGCCAAACAUAUCUAUGCUAACCUCUUCAACUGGAUUGUAGAUCAUGUGAACAAAGCCCUUCAUGCCACUGUCAAACAGCAUUCUUUCAUCGGGGUGUUGGACAUCUAUGGGUUUGAAACAUUUGAAAUCAACAGCUUUGAACAGUUCUGUAUCAACUAUGCCAAUGAAAAACUGCAGCAGCAGUUCAAUAUGCACGUCUUUAAGCUGGAACAAGAAGAAUAUAUGAAGGAACAAAUACCAUGGACCUUGAUUGAUUUCUACGACAAUCAGCCUUGCAUCAACCUCAUAGAGGCCAAAAUGGGAGUUCUGGAUCUGUUGGAUGAGGAGUGCAAGAUGCCAAAAGGCUCAGAUGACUCUUGGGCCCAAAAACUUUACAAUACUCAUUUGAAUAAAUGUGCUCUCUUUGAAAAACCACGUAUGUCGAAUAAGGCCUUUAUCAUCAAGCACUUUGCUGACAAGGUGGAAUAUCAAUGUGAAGGCUUUUUGGAAAAGAAUAAAGACACCGUUUAUGAAGAACAAAUUAGGGUCCUAAAAUCAAGUAAGUUUAAGCUGCUCCCAGAGUUAUUCCAGGAUGAGGAGAAGGUGCUCAGCCCCACAUCAGCUGCCCCUUCAGGGCGCGUGCCUCUGUCUCGAAUGCCUGUCAAACCUGCCAAGGCCAGGCCAGGGCAAGCCAGCAAGGAGCAUAAGAAAACUGUGGGACAUCAGUUUCGAAACUCUCUUCAUCUGCUGAUGGAAACCCUGAAUGCUACAACUCCACACUACGUGCGCUGCAUUAAGCCAAAUGACUUCAAGUUUCCUUUCACGUAAGAUGCCAGUUCCUGUGGGGACAAGGAUAAGUACCAGUUUGGUAAGACAAAAAUAUUUUUCCGGGCUGGUCAAGUAGCCUACCUGGAAAAAAUAAGGGCAGAUAAGUUGAGAGCUGCCUGUAUCCGCAUCCAAAAGACGAUCCGGGGCUGGCUGAUGAGGAAGAAGUACUUGCGGAUGAGGAAGGCUGCCAUCACCAUCCAGAGACAUGUCAGAGGGUACCAGGCACGAUGCUAUGCCAAGUUCCUGAGGAGAACACGAGCUGCCAUCACCAUUCAGAAGUUCCAGCGCAUGUACGUGGUCCGCAAGAGAUACCAGAGCAUGCGAGAUGCUACCAUUGCUCUCCAGGCUCUCCUGAGAGGUUACAUGGUCAGAAACAGGUACCAAAUGAUGCUGCGGGAGCACAAGUCCGUGGUUAUCCAGAAGCACGUGAGGGGCUGGCUGGCGCGGCGGCGCUACCGCCGCACGCUGCGGGCCAUCGUCUACCUGCAGUGCUGCUACCGCCGCAUGAUGGCCAAGAGGGAGCUCAAGAAGCUGAAGAUAGAGGCCCGCUCCGUGGAGCGCUACAAGAAGCUCCACAUUGGCCUGGAGAACAAGAUCAUGCAGCUGCAGAGGAAAAUCGAUGAGCAGAACAAAGAGUACAAAUCCCUGCUGGAGAAGAUGAACAACCUGGAGGUCACAUACAGUACGGAGACGGAGAAGCUGCGGAGCGACGUGGAGAGGCUUCGGAUGAGUGAGGAGGAGGCCAAGAACGCCACCAACCGUGUGCUCAGCCUCCAGGAGGAGAUUGCCAAGCUCCGCAAGGAGCUGCACCAGACGCAGUCGGAGAAGAAGAGCAUCGAGGAGCGGGCAGACAAAUACAAACAUGAAACGGAGCAGCUGGUAUCAGAGCUGAAAGAGCAGAACUCAUUACUGAAAACAGAAAAGGAGGAGCUGAACCGUCGCAUCCAUGACCAGGCGAGGGAGAUAACAGAGUCGAUGGAGAAGAAGCUGGUGGAGGAGACGAAGCAGCUGGAGCUGGACCUGAAUGAUGAACGGUUGCGGUACCAGAACCUGCUGAAUGAGUUCAGCCGCCUGGAGGAGCGCUACGAUGACCUCAAGGAUGAAAUGAACCUCAUGGUGAGCAUCCCCAAGCCUGGGCACAAAAGAACGGACUCAACUCACAGUAGCAAUGAAUCUGAAUAUACUUUCAGCUCUGAGAUCACAGAAGCAGAAGACUUACCACUAAGGAUGGAGGAGCCUAGUGAGAAAAAAGCAGCGCUGGACAUGUCUCUGUUCCUCAAGCUGCAGAAACGGGUUUCAGAACUGGAGCAAGAGAAGCAGUCCCUGCAGGAUGAGCUGGACAGGAAGGAAGAGCAGGCUCUCCGUGCUAAAGCCAAGGAGGAAGAAAGGCCUCCCAUAAGAGGUGCAGAGUUGGAGUAUGAGUCACUCAAGCGUCAAGAGCUUGAAUCUGAGAACAAAAAACUGAAGAAUGAGUUGAAUGAGCUGCAGAAGGCCCUGACAGAGACACGAGCUCCAGAGGUGACUGCUCCUGGUGCCCCAGCAUACAGAGUCCUCCUGGACCAGCUGACCUCGGUCAGCGAAGAGCUCGAAGUACGCAAGGAGGAAGUUCUCAUCCUGAGGUCUCAGCUUGUCAGCCAGAAAGAGGCAAUUCAGCCCAAGGAGGAUAAGCAUACAAUGACAGAUGCCACAAUCCUCUUGGAGGAUGUACAGAAGAUGAAAGACAAAGGAGAAAUAGCCCAGGCAUAUAUUGGACUGAAGGAAACAAACAGGCAAUCUCCCCAGGACUAUCAUAUGCUGAAUGAGGACGGAGAACUUUGGCUGGCUUAUGAAGGGUUAAAACAAGCCAACAGGCUGCUGGAGUCUCAGCUUCAGUCGCAGAAGAAGAGCCACGAGAACGAGCUGGAGUCGCUGCGAGGUGAGAUCCAGAGUCUGAAGGAGGAAAACAACCGGCAGCAGCAGCUGCUGGCCCAGAACCUGCAGCUGCCUCCCGAGGCGCGCAUCGAAGCCAGCCUGCAGCACGAGAUCACCCGGCUCACUAAUGAGAACUUGUUUUAUGAGGAGUUGUAUGCAGAUGAUCCCAAGAAGUAUCAGUUGUACCGGAUUUCCCUUUACAAGAGGAUGAUUGAUUUAAUGGAGCAGCUGGAAAAGCAGGACAAAACUGUUCGCAAGUUAAAGAAGCAGCUGAAAGUGUUUGCUAAGAAGAUUGGUGAACUUGAAGUGGGCCAGAUGGAGAACAUAUCACCUGGACAAAUCAUUGAUGAACCUAUUCGUCCAGUUAACAUUCCACGGAAGGAAAAGGACUUCCAAGGGAUGUUGGAAUACAAGAAGGAGGAUGAACAAAAACUUGUCAAGAAUCUUAUUUUAGAGCUGAAACCACGUGGGGUAGCUGUCAACCUGAUUCCAGGACUCCCAGCAUAUAUUUUGUUCAUGUGUGUGCGCCACGCAGAUUACCUUAAUGAUGACCAGAAAGUGCGGUCGUUGUUGACUUCCACUAUCAAUGGCAUCAAAAAAGUGUUAAAGAAAAGAGGAGAUGACUUUGAGACAGUGUCCUUCUGGCUGUCGAACACCUGCCGAUUUUUGCACUGUUUGAAGCAGUACAGUGGAGAAGAGGGGUUUAUGAAGCAUAAUACGCCUCGUCAAAAUGAACACUGCCUCACUAAUUUUGAUUUAGCUGAAUACAGACAAGUACUGAGUGACUUGGCUAUUCAGAUCUACCAACAACUUGUCCGAGUGUUGGAAAAUAUUCUGCAACCAAUGAUUGUUUCAGGAAUGCUGGAGCACGAGACCAUCCAAGGCGUGUCAGGGGUGAAACCGACAGGGCUGCGGAAGAGAACGUCCAGCAUUGCUGACGAGGGCACCUACACCUUGGACUCCAUCAUCCGGCAGCUGAACUCCUUCCACUCGGUGAUGUGCCAGCACGGCAUGGACCCAGAGCUCAUCAAACAGGUGGUCAAGCAGAUGUUCUACAUCAUUGGGGCCGUGACGCUCAACAACCUCCUCCUGCGCAAGGACAUGUGCUCCUGGAGCAAAGGAAUGCAGAUAAGAUACAAUGUGAGUCAACUGGAGGAAUGGCUACGUGAUAAAAAUUUGAUGAAUAGUGGGGCUAAGGAAACCCUGGAACCCCUCAUCCAGGCUGCACAGUUGUUGCAAGUAAAAAAGAAAACAGAUGAAGAUGCAGAAGCCAUAUGUUCAAUGUGCAAUGCACUGACCACUGCCCAGAUUGUCAAAGUUCUGAAUUUGUAUACUCCAGUUAAUGAGUUUGAAGAGAGAGUCUUGGUGUCAUUUAUACGUACAAUACAGGUGCGUCUGCGAGACAGGAAGGACUCUCCUCAGUUGCUCAUGGAUGCCAAACACAUCUUCCCUGUUACUUUCCCCUUUAAUCCAUCCUCUCUGGCUUUAGAAACCAUUCAGAUCCCAGCCAGCUUGGGCCUGGGCUUCAUAUCACGUGUGUGAUCCCCAGGAUGUGCCGUCAGUGUUAGAUGGAGAACCAGUUGCCUGAUAUCUGUACCUGUUAAAACAUAGUGAGCCACUAACCCCACGUUUUCUGAACAAAAGCCUGUCUAAGCCCAGGUGUGUAGUUAAGGUAGCUGGGAACUGCACAGCAGCACCACAGGCUGAAUGCUCCUAGAAAGAUGUGCAUUUGUGCUCAGUCACUGCAUUGAUGAGGACAUCACUGAUUCGAACAUGUCCAGAGUAUGGAAAUCGGGCUUGGACAAAAAUUGUGUCUUCAGCUGUCUAGAGACAUUUUUAGAUCUUUAGUAACAUAUUUAAAUAGUGUAAAUUAAAAUCCAUAUGUAAUCUUCUCAUAGGUGGGGACCAAUAGGGACAGUCACAGUCCUGGACAUGGAAAACUUGAAAGUAAGGCAUUUUGUAGAAUACACAGUCACGUGGGAGCCUGUUACAUUUAAUUUGUAAAAACUGAAUGGAAAAACACAAACUGGCAAUAUAUAAAGUUAUUUCUUAAACCACUUCCUCAUUUAUGUCAGUUUGACAUAAAUUGUAGUGAUAAGUCCUAUAGCUCACUAUAUGCUCUAACUUAGGUGUUUAUUUGUUAGAACUGUGGUUUACCAAGCAAACUAAAUCGCUGCUGCACAUUCUGUUGUUUUACAUGUAUGACAGUAUCAUACUAAGCACUAAAAAUAAGACACUUCAUUUUUUUGUUGUCAACCUUAUUUACAGUCUGUUGCAGUCUGUUAUUUUAACUGGAUUUUUGCACAUUGUAUCAAGUAACACCUGUAGAGGAAAAUGGUAACUAAGCACAAGUAGCACACUGGAAAUUACACAUUUAGUUAUUUUUAGAAGUAGUUAGCUAAAAAUACAGAAUCUGGAAACAAACGAUCAGAAGUCAGUAAUGAUUUUAGUAUUUAUUUAGGUUACAGUCUGUCUAAUGUUCUUUGUUUGUAGACCCCAGAGAUGGCAUUGUGUAUUUUAAGUAUAAUCUCUUGGUUUUUUUGCCACUUAAAAAAAGAAAUAACUACAGAGGAAAGUCUUCUUUCUCACUGGAAUAUGAGAGGAAAAACUUUAAUAGAAAAUUUCUGCAGUAGCCCAAGGCUCUCAUUCUUAGAAAGGUUGACUAACAAGAAAGUUAAGUAGGUUUUGACUAUGAUGCUGUCACUUGACUAUGAUUCAUGCUGAUUUAAUGGUUGGAAAUCAGAGUGCAUAAUGAGAAACUGAGUUAUUUUGAAUGUUGCACAUUUUACUGGAAAGAUUUUUCUGUCUCACACAUCUUGGAUCUGCCAUAUAAAACUCACAUUUCACAAUGUGAGGCAUAAGCGUGGAAGCCUGGCGCAAGGUUCCAGUUCUGUGGUGGAUGGCUCAAACAUACAUGUAAAAAUAAAGCCACACACAUUGCUCAGUUGCAUUGUGCAAUAUUUUUAAUGUAUUAUAAUAAUCUGCAUCUUAGUGUUAACAUUAAUUUAUUUUACAAUAUUGAUAAAUAACCUAGAGGUACACUAUUAGACUGUUUGGUGCUCCUCUGUUUGCCUGCAAGUUCACAGAGAAAAGAUUUGCUGUUAAGCAGACUGAAACAUUUCAGUUUUGUUUUACUUGAAAGGCAGACAUGCUGUUUGUAUGGUUGCUAAAACUGGAAAUAAAGACAACAUAAACUUUCUCAGUAUCAUUUGAAGAUGCUCCUGUCAUCUUGUAUUCAAAUGGCCCAUAUUACAUUUGAUGGAUCAUGCCAGUACUUCCAAGAAUUUGUACUGCAUUGUAAAAAGGUUCUGAAUGAUCUUUGCUAAAUGAUUUAGGUUUUCCUCUGCAUCAUAUACCAAACACUCAAUUUUUGCUUGAUUUCUGAAAUUCUGGCUGCUGUGAAGUGGCUGCAAAUGAGGUGUAAGGUCGUUUUCAGACUGUCAGGUACUGUACUUGUGAGAAUGUAAUGGCAAAGCCUUCGCAUCCAGUAACAGGGUUAGGAAAGAAAACACAGGAGAACAUGCUGACCUCCCAAUUUUUUUUCUCCUAUUGAAAAACAAACAAUUGGCAUUACAGUGUGUUCAUACUGUAGAUCAGGAAAUGUAUCCAUUACUUAAGCGUUAGUGUUUAAAAUGUAUGCCUAAAUGUAUUUUUGUUUAUUUUUGCAGUUUGUUUACCUGUAAAAAGCCUUAUUGUAUCGUUUCCUUAAAAAAAGCAGUGUCUAGUAAUUUAUAGGUAUCAUCCUUAAACUCAGUGGUUUGACUGGUAUUACUUUUGUAUCACAUUAAAAGUAUAUGCUGCUUGACAUGUUUUAAAGGAAAAUAUUUUUGAGUUGGAAUAGAUGUGUAGUUGGUAAUUCAUCUAACAUUUUACAUGGCAGUAUUUUACAUGCACUUUUCAGAAGUAAAAUUUUAGUGUGAGUGUAUAAUAUAACUUUCACCUUAGGACUAAAAUCUCUUUAACCAUGGAAUAUAAUGCAGAAUUAUUUAAAGAACUUUUUUUUCCUUUGAAUCAUUGUUAUGCUCCUUUAAUGUGGACAUAUCUUUUAUAUUUUAAUUUAUUAUCUAUUGAGAUUAUAGAUUUUAUCAGAUGCUGGAAAAAUACUUGUCAAUGACCCCUUAGAAAUAUAUACAGUUAUUCUACAGAUUUUGCACAAUAAUUACCUCAUUCAGUUUGGUGUAUUUUUAUUCCAGUGAUCACUUUAUUCUGAUAGGUCUGUUUAGGACACAGUCUUCUAUCCAAAUUUUGAAAAAUUGUUUCUCACACUUCAAACUGGGAUGGAACAUAAAAGUGCUUAAGUCGGUUAACUGAGAUUAAUCUGUUACAGGAAAAAGUAGCAUCAGUUUCAUUGAAAGUGGAUUGAUAUCCAGCAACAUUUGUUCCCAACUUGGAAACACCAGCAAUUGCAAUUUGAAGGUCUAUAUGUAAUUUGUGAUUUAAACUGAACACAUUUCAAAUACCAUACUAAAACUAUGAGCAAACACUUGGGUUUUUUAAGAUGCUGAUACUUCAUGCGAUGAGUAAAAGCCUUUAAACAUAGGUUUUCACUUGAUGCCACUACAGUACAUAGAUGAAAAACAAAACAUUGUCAGAAUUACCUGAGCUCUGAUCUGUUGUAGUGUCUGAUGUUGUACUUAGUAAAUGUAUGCAUCAUAAAAACUGUAGCCUAAUAGCUAUCACUGGAAAAUGUCCAAAUAAAAGUACAACUGUACAGUUUGUUUCAGGGUUUCUUUGGUUGGUUGAUGGCUCAUGAGCUGUGUGCUGGCAUAGACCCCAGCUGGUCACAGGGUUCCCUCUGCCUCCACGGCAGGCUUGGUGUUGACUGCCAAGGGAGUUGGUUAAAAUCUGAGGAUGUGUAAAUACACACCCAGAUAGCAGCAGUGUGCCAUAAACUGCUGUGCUUAUGGGAGAAUGCUUUGUUCAACAUAACCCACUUCUGGUUAGGGUGUUUUGUUGUCUGAUAUUAAAUGUUCCUGAAAUAAAAUUUGAGUAACUGCA